GGUUUUAAGCGUUAUUUAGGCCCUAACGCUUCAGGCUGGGCCAUUUCGCUUACUACCCUAUACAUGUGUUGUAUGCACUAUUAGCUAUAUGGUUAUAUAGAGCUGAAGGUCUCAUAUGAGGCUGGAGGUUCGCCAUUGUUAUUGUGGACGGUUCGGCAUUGCUUUGGCAAGUUUUGCUGACUGUUCAUGCAAAAAUUGGUUUGCUGGUUAACCGAUUUCAUUCAUACUGGUGGUUGCUUUUCAGUGUUCCCGAGGGCCAUUGUCAUUGGGACAUUGUAAGGCAUGCCGCCAUUGCUAAUAUUAACGAGUUUGACUGUCGUGUAAGCGGAAUGGGUCAACUUUGGCCUGUUCGUGCUGUGCAUAAUUGAAUCGCGCGAUCAUUGAUCGGAAUAACUAUACAUGUGAUGUGAGUGUGUAUAUGAAUGGUGCGAAUGGUCCACCAGGGUUCUUGGUACCUGUGUGGUUGCGCCACAGGAUUGAGCUGUACCAUUCAGAUUGUAGCGUUAAGGCCUGUACGGUGUCUGGUUCCUCUGCUAAACGGGGUUGAGCUGCACUGUUUGGGUUUUUACGUGAAAGUCCGGAUGGUGUCUGGUUCUCCUGAAAACCAAUGUAAAAUUACCCUGGCCCACAAGGGUAUAUUAUAUAACUGUGAACAAACUGGUUGAUCCUGCCAGUAGUCAUAUGCUUGUCUCAGAGAUUAAGCCAUGCAUGUCUAAGUACAUACCUUAAAACGGUGAAACCGCGAAUGGCUCAUUAAAUCAGCUAUGGUUCCUUAGAUCGUAAAUGCUACAUGGAUAACUGUAGUAAUUCUAGAGCUAAUACAUGCCUUGAAUCCCUGACCCGCAAGGGAACGGGUGCAUUUAUUAGAACAGAACCAAUCGGGCGCGGCUUCGGCUGUGCCUGUUACAUUCUGUGAUGACUCUGGAUAACUUUACUGAUCGCAGUCGGCCUUGUGUCGGCGACGGAUCUUUCAAAUGUCUGCCCUAUCAAUUUGUUGGUAGGUGAUUUGCCUACCAUGAUGAUAACGGGUAACGGGGAAUCAGGGUUCGAUUCCGGAGAGGGAGCCUGAGAAAUGGCUACCACAUCCAAGGACGGCAGCAGGCGCGAAAAUUACCCACUCCCGGCACGGGGAGGUAGUGACGAAAAAUACGGAUACGGGACUCAAUUGAGGCUCCGUAAUUCGAAUGAGUACAAUUUAAAUCCUUUAACGAGGACCAAUUGGAGGGCAAGUCUGGUGCCAGCAGCCGCGGUAAUUCCAGCUCCAAAAGCGUAUAUUAAAGUUGCUGCAGUUAAAAAGCUCGUAGUUGGAUCUGGGUCGUGCGGUCGCAUGCCGCUGCUUGUUCACGGUUUUGGUUACGAUCAGGACGUGUUCAGCUCGGUGUAGUGGCUGUGCAGCCUUUCAGCCGUGUCUGUGUUAAACGGGUGCUGGUGGGUUGACGAGUUCGUCUUGUUGACCUGUCGGCAUGCUUCCGGAUGCCUUUAAACGGGUGUCGGGAGCGGACGGCAUCUUUACUUUGAACAAAUUUGAGUGCUCAAAGCAGGCCUGUGCGCCUGAAAAUUCUUGCAUGGAAUAAUGAAAUAGGACUUCGGUUCUAUUUUGUUGGUUUUCGGAUCCGAAGUAAUGGUUAAGAGGGACAGACGGGGGCAUUUGUAUGGCGGUGUUAGAGGUGAAAUUCUGGGAUCGCCGCCAGACAAACUACAGCGAAAGCAUUUGCCAAGAAUGUUUUCAUUGAUCAGGAGCGAAAGUCAGAGUUUCGAAGACGAUCAGAUACCGUCGUAGUUCUGACCAUAAACAAUGCCGACUGAUGAUCCGCGUUGGUUCUAUAAUUGACAUCGCGGGCAGUCCCCGGGAAACCUUUAAGUCUUUGGGCUCCGGGGGGAGUAUGGUUGCAAAGCUGAAACUUAAAGGAAUUGACGGAAGGGCACCACCAGGAGUGGAGCCUGCGGUUUAAUUCGACUCAACACGGGAAAACUCACCCGGCCCGGACACUGUGAGGAUUGACAGAUUGAUAGCUCUUUCUUGAUUCGGUGGGUGGUGGUGCAUGGCCGUUCUUAGUUGGUGGAGCGAUUUGUCUGGUUAAUUCCGAUAACGAACGAGACUUUAACCUGCUAAAUAGUAGACUGGUCCUCUGUGCUCGUUUAGGGCGCGGCUUCUAUUGCUUCUUUAUGGAGUAGUGUGGUCGUGAUCCGGCGGGUGCGGUGCCAGUUUUUACUUCUUAGAGGGACAAGCGGCACACUUAAGUCGCACGAAAUUGAGCAAUAACAGGUCUGUGAUGCCCUUAGAUGUCCGGGGCCACACGUGCGCUACAAUGACGGUGCCAGCGAGUCUGGGAACCUGGCCCGAAAGGGUUGGGCAAACUGUUUCAUCACCGUCGUGACUGGGAUCGGGGCUUGCAAUUAUUCCCCGUGAACGAGGAAUUCCUGGUAAGUGCAAGUCAUAAGCUUGCGCUGAUUACGUCCCUGCCCUUUGUACACACCGCCCGUCGCUACUACCGAUUGAAUGGUUUAGUGAGGUCGUUGGAUUGGUGUCGUUGUAGUGGCGUUGCCGCUCGACUGAUGCUGAGAAGAUGACCUAAUUUGACUAUUUAGAGGAAGUAAAAGUCGUAACAAGGUUUCCGUAGGUGAACCUGCGGAAGGAUCAUUAUCAUAACCCAAAAAUAUAUAAUGAUGCAUGCACCUGGCUUCUUGCUGGACUGUAUGUACCCUGGCUUGGUGGUUAUUACCCUAGGCUUCAGUGGUUGAUAUUUUCUUGACCGGGGUACCUAGCCUGUCGUAUGCCCUGAUGGUGUUCUCGUAACUUUCGGGUUGCCUGAUCUGCCAAGGGCGAUGGGACAGUGCAUGACGCUAUUGUUGUGUGCUAGGUUCAAAGAGAAUUGUAUGCUAUAUGCAUGCAAAUCCGCCCCGUUAUUGUUCCUAUUUCAAACUUUUACACUGUUGAAGCGAUCCGGUUUGGCUUGCCAUUCACGGGUUUGCUGCCUGGCAUGCACCUGGCUUCGUGCUGGACUGCAUGUACGCUGGCUUAGCGGUAAAUAUCCUAGGCUGCAGCGUUAACCAUUAGUUCUAUGCAUUUGGGAAACCAAUGUAUGGGAUUAUUGGCGUACAACUUUGAGCGGUGGAUCACUCGGCUCGUGUGUCGAUGAAGAGUGCAGCCAACUGUGUGAAUUAAUGUGAACUGCAUACUGCUUUGAACAUCGACAUCUUGAACGCAUAUUGCGGCUACGGGAUAUCCUGUGGCCACGCCUGUCCGAGGGUCGGCUUUUCAUCUAUCACGGCGCACAUUGAGUCGUGGAUUGGGCGAGUGCCUGCCGGCGUGUAUACCCGCAUAUCAACGCGGGUUGCUGGUCAAAGGCUCCGUCCUAAUAGUCCGGCCACAGCCUAGUCCGGUCUAGAUGACUUGAUUGAGAUGCUGCGGUGGGUUGUGCUCGAGUCGUGGCUUAAUGACAUUAUACACGCUCGGGAAGAAUCGCACCUAUCGUACGCUACGUUGGUCACUUGAUCUUGUCUCUAUGGUUCGGUCUAUGGUUUGUACCGAUGGUGUGUGUAAUACGCACGAAUUGUAUAAUUGACCCUGACCUCGGAUCAGACGUGAUUACCCGCUGAACUUAAGCAUAUCACU